AUGAUCAGCUACCUCUCCUAUGAAGAACCUUUGGGAAUCACCAUAGCUUUCUUUGCCCUAUUCUUGUCCUUCAGCACAGGUUGUGUCUUAGGAAUCUUCCUUCAAUACAGAGAAACAGCCAUGGUCAAAGCCAACAACCGUGACCUCACCUACAUGCUCCUUAUCUCCCUCCUCCUUUCUUGCUUAUCCUCAUUUCUCUUCAUUGGUCGGCCACAGAUGGUGACCUGCCUUCUCCAACAAACUGCCUUCAGCACCAUCUUCUCAGUCGCCAUCUCUUCCUUGUUGGCAAAAACCAUCAUGGUGGUGGUGGCCUUUAUGGCCACAAAACCAGGAAGCAAGAUGAGGAAAUGGCUGGGGAAGACCUUGGCCAACUCCAUUGUCAUUUCUUGUUCUGGUGUUCAGGUGGCCAUUUGUAUGAUCUGGCUGGGAAUCUCUCCCCCUUUUCCAGAUGCUGACAUGCACUCCCAUCAUGGGCAGAUCACACUUCAGUGUAAUGAAGGAUCUGUGGUCAUGUUUUAUACUGCCCUUGGCUAUAUGGGCUUUCUGGCCACCAUCUGCUUCACUCUGGCUUUCUUUGCCAGGAAGCUGCCAGGGGCCUUCAAUGAAGCCAAGCUGAUCACCUUCACCUCCUUACCAGCCUCCCCUGCUUCUUUGCAACCUCCUUACUGGCCUCCUUGGCUUCUUUGCGACCUUCUUACUGGUCUCCACUUACAACCUCCUUCCCGGUUUCCCCAGCAUCUUUGCGACCUCCUUCCCAACUUCCCCAGCUUAGCUGGAAAUGGACAGAGGCUGCAGAGAAGCCAGGAAAGCCAGGAAGAAGGUCACAAGGGGAGGCCA